AUGCCAAAAGAAAUUCAGAAAACAAAAAAACCUAUCGCUGCUCCAUAUCCUGCUGUUCCUUUAAAAGAAACAAAUAAAAACAUUCAAGCACCUUUAAAACUAAACUUGAGUAGAAUAGCACAUUCUGGCGACGUUCAGUUAUCUGAUGAACAGAAUCAAAUCCUCAACUUAGCUGUUAACAGUCAUAAUAGUAUUUUUUAUACCGGUUCUGCAGCAACCGAAACGGAAUUGCACAGAAAAAUCAUCAAGUUUAAAAGUUUAGUUGAUAGAUGGAGAAGAAUAAAAGUUCUUGUUGUUGACGAAGCAAUGGAAGAAAAUAAUAAUUCAUACGAGAAAAAUGAAAAUCCAAAUGCUUCAAAUACAAGAGUAAUUCCAACUAAUUUUCUAGAUCUACUUAAUAAUACUCUUGACGAUGUUGAUUUAGUUCAUUUGUUAGCUGAAACUUCCAUAAAAGUAAUCCCUAAAUUUACUGCUGCAACUUUAACUGUAGCUCCACAUUUAUGGCAAAAUUUGGAACAAGAAUGGAGUGAAUUUAAUCAAGAUUUAAGACUUACCAGCGGAAUUGGUCCUCGAAAUCAUGCACUUCCACCAACUUUACGUGCUAAAGUAGAAGCUAACCUGCAUUAUGUCAAUCGAGACUAUCCCAAAGCUAUUGAGGUGCUUCAAGAGGUAAUAAAAAUUGAUCCAAACAUUCAUUCUGCUUGGUUUAUGCUUGGAACAAUACAAGAUGAAAUUGGAUGUCUGGAAAAGGCCUUACAAUUGUAUUUGGUUGCUGCCCAUCCAACACCUCAUGAUGCCAUAAGAUAUGAUCCUAAUGAUGUGGGAUGGUCUAUGCCCUAUGCUGAAAUUGGAGAAUACAAAAAGGCAAUUGAUGAUGCUGAAGCAGAAGGCAGUUUUGGAUAUCCAGAAAUUAAUAUUACGGCAGAACUCUAUAUGCUCAUAAAUGAUUUCGGUAGUGCAAUAGAGUUCAUUAAAUGUGGAGUCAGAUGGCUUCAAGGAAGAGAGGAUGAAACAUGCACUAGACAUCAAGGAGUUUUUAGUAGUGGUAGUUCAAAUGCACCAUUACCAUUGAAAUUAAGAUUACAUUUAAAUUAUCUCAAGUUAUAUGAUGUUAAGCAAUGCAUUGAUUUAUAUUAUGAGGUGGCUGAAACUUAUGCCGAAAAAGGGUUAUUUGAAGAUGCAUUGACAAUAUACGAAGCUAUAUUGCUUAAUUCCGAGACAAAUAAUCCAAAUGUGUGGAUGAGAGUGGGAUUAUAUCAUAGAGAACUAGAGAAUUUUGAAAAUGCUGCAGAAUAUUUUACCACCGUUAUUGAAGAUUCACCAGAUAAUUUAGAUGCUAAAAUAUCACUUGCAGAGACUUAUGAAUUUUUAGGAGAAAAUGAACUGCAUUAG